GUGUGUUUGUGUCUGAGAGAAACUUCUUCAGACUCUCAUCGAGUCUUUAGUUCGUGUCGCUCGAGCACAAAGUGAAUCAGGAGAGAUUCACACUCGAUGACUCAGUGUUUGUGUUGUGAGACUCGAGGAACCUGAAGUCCCGCGGUUACUGUAACACGUGCUCGAUACAUUCACUGUUACUUUCAAACGAGUCUUUCAUGUCGCCGCUCAUUGUCAGUCGGAAGCCGCUUUUGUCUUUGAUGUUUGAGCUGUUUGUUUAUUGCGUCUGUCUCGGUCUCUCAUUCCUGUGCUCAGUUAGGUCCGGUGGGCUCGGUUCGGGUCGUAAUGCAGUCUUCAUCAGUGUUUCUUCUUCUUCUGUCAAGUUUUUCUCUUGCUUUGGCCUGUAAUAAAGCUCUGUGCGCAAGUGACGUCAGCAAGUGUCUCAUUCAGGAAUUGUGUCAGUGCCGGCCGUCCGAUGGGAACUGCUCGUGUUGUAAGGAGUGUAUGAUGUGUCUGGGAACUCUCUGGGAGGAGUGCUGUGACUGUGUGGGCAUGUGUAACCCCAAGAACUACAGCGACACGCCGGCGACGGCCAAGAGUACGGUGGAGGAGCUGUACCGGCCCAUCCCGUCGCUCUUCCGCGCGCUGACCGAGGGCGAAGCGCCCAUCAACAUGAUGGUGGUGUCCUUCCCCGUGGCCGAGGAACUGUCCUACCACGAGAACCUGGUGUCCUUCCUGGAGACGAUGGAGGACGCGCACCAGAGCGUCUCGCUGCCGGGGAACAGCAUCCGCGCCAGCUACGACACGCAAGAUAAGAUGUGUACGGUGGUUUACUUCGACGACUGCGUGUCCAUCCGUCAGUGUAAGCAGUACUGCGAGUCGAUGGGCGGAUCCAAGUACCGCUGGUUCCACAACGCCUGCUGCGAGUGCAUCGGACCCGAGUGCGUCGACUACGGCAGCAAAUCCGUCAAGUGCAUGAACUGCCUGUACUGAGCGCAGUCCUGUCAGUUACUGAUGUUUUGUUAUUGUGUCCUGCGUCACGCAAAAGAUUUUGUAUAUAUUAUUUUUAUUCUUGCAGAUUCAGCUGUAGCCUCAUACAUUCAGAUCAGAGAAAUGAUAUUGAUAGAGAUUCUUGAAUAGAUAGAUUAUCAGAUUAUUAUUCAUAAUCAGCAUAUAUUAUGAACUUUCUCAAGGUCUUUAUUAAGACUGGAUGAAGUUAAAAUCAUUAGUUUGUCUUCAGCAACAAAAUCCACUUGUAAAAAUCGUCCUUUCGCCGAAAGUGAAGCUGGUGUUAGUUUGAUGUAGAGACGCUUGUUUCAGACGCAGGUGAACUUGAGUGAUAGAAAUCACUGUAUUUUCAAUAAAACAUCUCGUUUUAUUGUUUCAUGAUUUUUUUCUUUUUUUUGUCAUGUAUUUUUUUGUUUUUCUAUUUCAUGUUUUCUUUCUGUUUUGUAUUUUUAUUUCUCAUUUCUUCUCCUUGAUUCAUGCGUGGCUGAUGUCAGUCGCUCUGUUUCCGCUGUUAAUCGCGCGUCUCUUCGGGUCACAGGUGUCCUAAUGAAGCGCCCCACUUUCAAACACAAAGACCUCAUUCAGUCCCAUGAGCCUCCAGUCAUCCGUCCAACUUCAUCUACAAACUCACUCAGCUUUCAUAACGUGUGACGUUCACUUGAGUUUGAGUUCUGGUUAUGAUUGUCAAACUGAAAUAUUGUACUGUUAUUCUCUGCAGUAUCUGUCAAUAUGAAACAUUUGCUAUUA